AUGAAUCAUAGACAUAUCUCGGGAAAUUCGACGACAUCACCAACGCCAAGUUACAACCCAUACCAUAACAGUAGAACGAGAAAAGAGAAAUUUAUGAGUGAAUUUUCCGACAUGGAAACUUAUGUUGAUAGUUCCGGAUUUAGUGACAAUACCUCGUUAAUUAACGCAUCAGGCACAAAUGCUUUAUUGCCACGUGAAGUCGCUUUACAUCGAGCUCACUCGGCAAGAGUAUUGAAUGGAUUGGCUAGAGGCGAUAGUAUAAAAAGAGUUCCACAACUUGAUAGAGUCGAGACGAGAGGUACCAUGAUAGACGGUAAUAAUAACAAUGACGAUGG